AUGGAGCUUCCAAAAGCCAUAAAAAAUUUUGAGCUUCCAGCAGCUGUGAAAAACUUGGAACUUCCUGACGCAGUAAAAAAUUUUGAGUUGCCCGCUGCAGUAAAAAAUAUUGAACUUCCUGAAGCUGUUAAGAAUAUUGAUAUAUCUAACGCUGUCAAAAAUGUUCCUAAUACUGUUAAAAACAUGGAACUUCCUAAUGCUAUCAAAAACAUUGAAAUUCCUGAUGCUGUUAAAAAUAUUGAUAUAACUAAUGCUGUUAAAAAUAUUCCUAAUGUCAACACAACAUUUGCAUCAAGUGCCAUGACUAGUGUUGCAUCAUUGUCAAAAACAUUUCAACAAAAAGUAGAAGAAACAACAAGAAAUAUUCAACAACAACAUGAAGAAUUUGUUAAACAAAUCAAAGAGGAAACACUUGUACCAAAAUCUGGAACUGAGGCUGUUGCACCAUGGGUUGGACUUCCAAAUGAAGAUGAAUUAAAAGAACAAAUUUUAGCUUUAUCACAAGAUAAAAGAAAUUUUACAAUUCCACCACCAGAAAAUACAAAUUUUCAAUUUGAUAUGCAUGUAUAUUUUCAAACCGCAAUGGCAACAUUAAAAUCUGAUCCAAAUCUUAAUCGUAUGAGAUUUGAGUUGGUUCCAGCUCAAGUUCAAGAGCCAACAUUUUGGAGAAAUUAUUUUUAUCGUGUUUCUCUUGUUAAACAAACUGCACUUGGAUCAAUUGAUUCUGUUGCAUUAGAAAAUCAAGUUUAUUCAAAAGUUAAUGAAAUAGAAACAAAUGAAAAUGGCGCAUCGAAAAACGAUAAUAAAAAGGUUGGAUUUUUGGGAUUAUCGAGCUUUUGGAAUAUUGUUUCAGGUACACCACACGCGCAAAACAAAUUUUUUACCAAAAACUGGAUGGAUGAUCUUGCUUCAGCUGUUGGUGACGAAGAAGUGCCUGAAAAUUGGGAAGAACAAAUGAAAGAACAUUUAUCUUCUACAUAA